CGAAGACCCAUUACGAAAACGAAGACCCCCUACGAAAACGAAAACCCAUCACGAAAACGAAGACACAUUACUAAAACAAGUUCAAAAGAGGUUGGUACUACCUUUGCGGAAAAAGAUUAUGUUCAUGAGACACACUACGAAAACGAAGAUCCUUCGUUUUAGUAACUACCGUUUUAUGCUUUUCCUUAGUUAGUUCAUUCAAAUUCUUCGGCUAAUAUCAAUCAUGGGGAUACGCUAAGUACGCUGCAUGUCCAUGACGAGUUACUUUCCACACGGAUAUCGGUCAGUAUAGAAUAAAAUUUAAAAUGCUGAUUGUUUAAGGUUUCUCGUUGUUUCCGGAAUACCAGAUGCUCCUGUUACAUGUAUGUAUGUAAAUAAGGUUUUGUUACUCAGUAAUGGCUCACUGUGGUAGUUGUCAGCUAUCAGUCGGACCGGUGAUCGACUAAUCGUUUUGAAAUAAUUGUUUUGAGAGGCAAAGUCGUAUGAACUUCUGCUUCCAGCUGAUAGUUAUGGACAAGUAUGAGGCGCAGAGGGUCCCUUUAUCAGUGAUCUUUCGCGAAACAUUAUUGGGGCUAUUUUCCUCUCAUGAAAUAUGAUUAAAGUUUCCAUUUCCUCGUGAUUCGUGACUGUCUCUUUUUAUUCUGAGCGAGCGUGGAAGCAUUUUUUUUAAAUGAACGUACCAUGUGAACGAAGCUUUUGUUUUGCAAGAUGUUUUGCUUGAAUUUUUUCAAAUGUCUUCAAUCUGGCGUCUGGCUCGCAUAAUUUAGUGAAGUCUGAGUAAUCUUUUGUUGCGCGAUGACGUUUGACAGACAAUAAAGGUUGAACUCUUCUCGGGUUCAAAUCCUACACUACUUCGAUCUUUUUCGUCGUGUUUUCCAGUGUUACGUGUCGGCAUCCACCGGUGAAAAGUUUUAGAUUGACUUCUACACCGACCAGAUUUGACAAUGGUCACGUCCUACAAUUUUCCAAUCUCUUCACAAAGGUCCAUGAGCAGUCAAUCACUGUUCAUGUGUCAUAUGGAAGGUGA